CCACUUCAAGAAGCAUAGGCGCAUCGCAGUAUCGCACAUUAGCUUAGAUAAAAAAAAAAAAAAAAAAAAAAAAAAAAAAAAAAAAAAAAAAAAAAAAAAAAAAAACCUUUAAUCAUAAUUUGUGGUAAAUUGCAUAAAGAAUUGAACACCCCUCCCAAAAUAUCAAAAGCCUCUUGGCUCUCGCAGAUCUCUAUCAUCUCUCCCAAUCGACUGUAUUUCUGGUAAUUAGGGUUUGAUGGCUGACCGGAAUGCGGUGGCUAUUCGGCCAAUUUGGGCGAGACAAGCUGAGGAAGCAAAGCUGAAGAGCGAAGCCGAGAAAACUGCGGCUGCCAAGGCGGCUUUUGAGGCUACUUUCAAGGAUGUGGACAAGAGCAAACCUAAGGCUCUUGAUUUAUCUUCGGACAGUGAAGACGAGGCAGAAGAUCUCGUAAACAAGCCAAUUGGGCCAGUUGAUCCUUCCAAGUGUACUGCAGCUGGGGCUGGAGUUUCUGGUGGAUCGGCAGGCUCACCGUGUACGUUUAAUUUGAUUACCAAGGAUUCAGAUGGGAGAAAGAUUCCUAAAGGGGAUGCUCAGGUGAAGGUUAAGGUUACCCCGGGAGUAGGGGUCGGAGGUUCAGACAUUGAUGGGAUUGUGAAGGAUCUGGGUGAUGGGACGUAUACGGUUACCUAUGCUGUCCCUAAGAGAGGAAAUUAUAUGGUCCAUGUAGAAUGCAAUGGGAGGCCUAUCAUGGGCAGCCCGUUUCCUGUAUUUUUCAGUGCAGGAAGUUCGAAUGGAGGACUGCUUGGUGUGGCUCCAACAGUGUCAUAUCCAAACCUUGUUAAUGCUAAUAUGCCAAACAUGCCAAACUAUGCUGGUUCUGUUUCAGGGGCAUUUCCUGGUCUGGUUGGGAUGAUUCCUGGACUUGUUCCUGGCCCUUCUGGUGGGGUGAUUUUGCCUGGUAUUGGAGCUUCCUUGGGGGAAGUAUGUAGGGAAUUUCUUAAUGGUCGGUGCUUCAAAACAGAUUGCAAGUUUACCCACCCCACACACAACUUGCUCAUGAGUGCAAUAGCUGCAACCUCUACCAUGGGAACCAUGAGCCAAGUGCCAAUGGCACCUUCUGCUGCUGCAAUGGCUGCGGCACAAGCAAUCAUGGCUGCUCAGGCUCUUCAAGCCCAUACUGCUCAGCUACAGGCUCAAUCUAAGCUGUCUAAAGAUUCUUCCAGUGCAUCUGAGGCAGAUAAUAAAGCUGACGUGUUGAAGAAAACCGUCCAAAUUAGCAACCUCAAUCCUCUUCUCACAGCAGAACACCUGAAACAACUUUUUGCCUUUUGUGGUACUGUGGUGGAUUGCACGAUCACUGACUCAAAGCACUUUGCUUACAUAGAGUAUGCAAAACCUGAAGAGGCAACGGCUGCGCUUGCUCUCAAUAACAUGGAUGUUUGUGGCCGCCCCUUGAAUGUUGAGAUGGCAAAAUCACUUCCUCAGAAACCUGCUGGUUCUUCAGCUUCAUCCUUGCCAAUUAUGAUGCAGCAAGCAGUAGCCAUGCAGCAGAUGCAGUUUCAGCAAGCAUUGCUGAUGCAGCAGACAAUGACUGCACAGCAAGCAGCCAACCGUGCUGCUACAGUGAAGUCUGCUACAGAUUUAGCAUCAGCUAGAGCUGCAGAAAUAUCAAAGAAACUGAGGGCUGAUGGUUUUGUAAUUGAUGAAAAAGAGCCAGCGAAAAAAUCUAGAUCUCCAUCACCUUCUAUUGCAAGGUCUAAGUCCAAGUCAAGGUCGCGAUCACCUAUAAGUUAUGGUAAAAGACGUAGAUCUCGAUCUUUCUCACCUGCACGCCAUUUUCGUAGUCGGAGAUCAAAGUCUCCUCGAAGGUCUCGUCAUAGAUCUCGUUCUUUUUCUCCUCAGAAAAGACAUUCUCGAAAUCAUAGAUCCAGGUCUCCAGUAAGGUAUCGCCACUAUACAGGCUAUGAAUAUGAUAGGCGGUCAUAUAGAGAUGUUAGUGAUAGAUCUGGAAGGAGAGAUUCGAAAGGAUCACGUGAUUAUCAUGUGUCUGAUUUCAAAAGGAAUAAGAGUAGGAGUCCUAGUCCUCGUGGGAGGAGAUCGUAUCGAGACCGUUCAGAUUCACCAAAACCUCGACAUCGUAGGAAUUCUGGUCACCGCUCCAAAUCACCUGGACUUCACCAAGGAGGUAGAUCUUCCCCUGUGAAUGAUGCAGACAAGAAGUUGAAACAUCGUCGGCGAUCUAGGUCUAAAUCUGUAGAGGAUAGACACAAAUCGAGUAAGAGAAUUGAUGAAGGCAAGGAGAAGGCAAAGUAUCGUGGUAGGAGGCGUUCUAGGUCUGCAUCAUCUGAAAAUAAGCAUGAUAAGAGUGGCAAGUUGUCCCCCCAAAGUUCAGAUGAGAACUUAACAACUCAAAGAAAGCGCUCAAAGUCAAGAUCAAGAUCGAGAUCAAGAUCAAGAUCAAGAUCAAUGGACACUAAGGAUCAUUCGAAGGUGAAAGAAGGUGAGCCUGUUGAUGAAAAAGAAGAAUCAAAAUGUGGGGAAGGAAUUAGAUCCACUUCAAAUGUCAAAGAAGUUUACAAGAAGACAUCCUCUCAAUUAGUGGAUGAGGAUAAAUCUAAGAUUUCCAGGCACUCAACAUCCAAAUCUAUUAGAGAUGAUGUUGAGCAUAAGGGAAUAAAGGAUGAAGGCAGGAAAGAAAAACGUAAGCAUCGUGAUAGGAGGCGUUCCAGAUCAUUAUCUGCAGAACACGAAUCCCACACAGGCAGCAAGUCCUCUCGGCAUAGAGAGGACAAAUUGAAGGAUAAGCAUAGAAGACGGUCAAGAUCAAAGUCUCCUGAAGGCAAAGAGAAAAGGAGAAAUAGCGGAAGCAUUAAUGAUAAACUAGACCGCAAUAGCAAAAAGUAUGUAAAAUACGAAGACGAAAAGAGUUCCAGGAAUUCAACUGACCCCAGGGAUGGAACUUCCUUAAGCAACUGUUCUGGAAAGAACCCCUCUAUCAUUGAGAGUGAAAGAUCUGAAUGUGAUAAAAGCAAGUCAAUUAAAGCUACAAUUUAUGAAAGCGAAUCUGAUCGCUCUGAUGUUGCGGAAAACUCUAAGAGUCGGUCUAAUUGUGAUCUAGAAACCUUUGCUGAAAAUAACAACAUUGGCGUUGAUCCUGAUUACUCUUUUGAGCGAGAAGGUGGUGAUAAUUGAGAUGCUAGUCAAUAAUCAGCUCAUUCAGAUUCUUUAACUCAUAGCCGAGUUGAGGUUAAUGUUGAUGAUAAGCAUUACGGACAGUACAAUUUCAGAUUUACCGCCUUGGAGAGAUAUUCAUGUGGGAUUGCUCAACAAGCUACAAGCUGUAUCUAUAUUAGGAAAAUGGUUCUGAAGCUUGAGGAUCACAUCUUUCUUCAAUGUUCUUCACAAGGCAGUGACAGUUUGACCUCAGGCAAAAGCUAGUGAAGGAUCAAUUUGUUUGAAUUCUGAACUUGCGGAUGAGCAGUGGCUUGCUUAUAAUUUGUUUCAGUGCUCAGAGGUUUCUGAUGAUAUUGUUCUUUACACAAAUUGGCCUUGCUGCCUCUUUUUUUGCAGGUAUGAUGGAGGUGAAAGAGGGCAAUGGUUUCUUUGUUGGUGACUUGUGAAGCCUUUUUAUCUUCCUUUAUGCAAUGUCAACGUCCAGUGUUAGUAGCAAGGUUCUUUGAUAUAAAAUGUAUGUUAACUUUCUCUUGCUAAAGCAGAAACGAAUUUCUUGAAGUAUUAAUUGAGGACAAAUAUGCCUUUUUUCUGAGUUUA